AUGCAAAACCCUAAAGUUUAUAUACAACUUAAGGAUAGUAGUGCAGCUCUGUUAGAUAAAUACGAACAAUGUUGUCUACAACCAGGAGAAUAUCAUGCAAUAAAGAUCCAGCUGCUGGCAGAGAGUGGUCGUCUAUCUGAGGCUUUAGCCGAGGCAUCAAAGGCGAUAGCCGAUCCGGAUAUUGCUGCUGAUUUUCUUGGCGUCUUCGUCCGUCUUGCUGCAGCAAAUGGUGAUGAUGCAACAGCAGCAGCAAUUAAGCAGCUCAGGUCUCUGCAGCAACAGCAGCAGCAGCAUUGGAUUUGCUGCUGCAGCGGGGCUUGGAGGUUAUUGGUGCCCAGGACAGAGUCCUUUCUGACACAGCAGCAACUACAGGAGCUGAAGACUUUGCUGCUGGAGCUGCGGCCUUCUCUUUCUGCUGCUGCUGCCAGCCCCGAUGCCUCUGCUCGUUCCCUCCGUACUCUCCUAACUAUUGACAAAUGCCUCCUAGAGUUUGCUGCUGUGGCUAUUGAAGUGCUGCUGCGGUUAGACCGAGCAGAGGAAGCAGCAAGGAAGGAAGACGGCACACAAGAACAAGACCCUUGGCUGCGGCGCCGAUUUCUGUUUGAGGCACUCGCGUGGAUCGAUGCGGAGCAGCAGCAACAGCAGCAGCAGCAGCAGCAGUUUGCUGCUUGUAUGCAUGUGUAUAUGUAUGCAUGCAGGGAUUAA